AUGGAUACCAGCAUGACUGAAAGGACAUCUCCUGCCCAAGCCAAAUGGAGAAAAGUGGCUUACGGAGGGAUGCAACCGGGGUUCGAUGACAAUCACACUGAUGAAUCUUUUCUUGAAGAAAUGGUCACCAAUGCCAAUGUGAGCAAAAGGGACAUGCUAAAAGUGAUGCAGGAUUCAGUUUCCAUCUCCCAAUAUCUGUGCAUUGUAGCUCUCAUUGGUUUGGUUUGGAUCUACACCCUCAGAUCAACUCUUAAUGAAAAUUCCCUUUUGCUUCUUGAUGUCACCCUUCUUGGAUUGGGUUUUAUUAUUCUCCUCCUCACUCAAGAAAUGUUUUCCCUCAAUCUUCUCUUCCAUUACUUCCUCAAUAUUUCUUUCUUUACCACGGGCUUAUAUCUUCUGGCUCCCAUUUAUCAAACUCUUACAAGAUCAAUUAGCUCAGACUCCAUCUGGGCAGUAACAGUUUCACUCCUUGUGCUUCAUCUUUUCCUCCAUGACUACUUUGGAUCCACCAUAAGAACCCUAGGGGCUGCAAACAAUCCAACCCUGACAAGUUGCAUCUCUUUAAAUGCUUCUGUUGUGGCCUCAGUUUUUAUUGCUUCACGCCUUCCAUCAAGUCAGCUUGUGUUUGCCAUGAUGCUCUUCUCCUUGCAAGUUUUCCUUUUUGCUCCAUUGGUUACUUACUGUAUUAGGGAGUAUUCCUUGCGUCUGCACCUUUGGUGUUCUUUUGGUCUGAUGAUUGCGACCUUGGCUUUGGUUUAUACCCUGCACUUGUUUCUUUUUGUCGUGUUUUUAGGGUUGUUGGUUUUUGUAACUGUGGUCUGUCCAUACUGGCUUAUACGAAUGCAAGAAUACAAAUUUGAGAUAAAUGGCCCUUGGGAUGAGGCUAAGCUCUGUUUUGAUAUAGUAGAUUGA